AGUCUUUCAUUUUUCUUCGUUCGGUUAACAAGUGUCUAAAGAGUUCACAACAAAAUAAUGACUGCGAUUGGAAAUGGAAAAAUUUCAGAAUUGGAACUUGAUCACGAUCCUGUGAAGAUUAUAUGUCCAGCAUGCCAGGUUCCCAUAGAGACAGAAGUUUCUUAUAAAAUUUCUUCAAGGACACAUAUGCAGGGCUUUGUUGUUCUCUUGUUUGCAUUUUGUUGUGGUUUCUGCGUUCUUCCAUACUGUCUAAAUGCAUUUAAAGACGCUUAUCACAAAUGCCCGAAAUGUAAUGCAUUAAUCGGGUGCCACGAAGGUGCGGAAUUAUAGCGAUUUCUUUUAUUAUAAAAGUCAUAAAAUGUUCACAAUUUACGCACCGGCGCAAAGCUACAAAAAAUAUCUCAUAAACAUAAUAAGUGAAAUCAUAAGAACCGAAGUGAAUGUUGAAGCAAAAAACAAUAAAAGAAUGUUGUCAAAUACUACUUAAGUCUUCUAUUUUAAUUAAAAUAAAUGGUGUCGAAUAAAUGCCCACAAAUUUAUUAACAGCUGAAUUAUACUUUGCCAAAUUUCCAUCACAAAUGCUACUUUUAUACAUCUUUUCAAUAAAAUUUAAACAUUUCUAAUUUGAAUGGACAGC